AUGUCAGCAUACCUAAGAUCAUCGACAUCUAAGUACAAGUUCGGGGCUCACGUAAGUGCUGCUGGUGGGAUCUCGAAUAGUGUGGUAAACGCAUUUAACAUUGGAUGUAACUCUUUUGCUAUGUUUCUAAAAUCACCAAGACAAUGGGUAUCCAAACCAUAUCCUAAAGAAGAAAUCGCUAAGUUCAAGGAAAACUGCAAGAAGUAUGGGUACAAUCCUGCUGUGGAUAUUUUACCUCAUGGCUCAUACUUUAUCAAUCUAGCCAACCCAGAUCCUGAAAAAGCAGAAAAAGCAUACGGCGCCUUCAUUGAUGAUCUGCAGAGAUGUGAGCAGCUAGGGAUUGGCCUGUACAACUUUCACCCUGGCUCUUCUCUGCAGGGAGAUCAUAGCACUCAGAUUAAACAGCUCGCAGGUUACAUUAACAAAGCCAUUAAGGAGACAAGUUUUGUGAAGAUUGUGUUGGAAAACAUGGCAGGCCACGGAAGUCUCAUUGGCUCUAAUCUGCACGAUCUGAAAGCGGUUAUUGACAUGGUAGAGAAUAAGGACCGCGUUGGAGUGUGUGUGGACACUUGUCACACAUACGCUGCGGGCUACGAUAUCAGUGACCGCAAUUCAUUUGACAGUUUCUGGAAGCAGUUCGAAUCCAUAAUCGGCAUGAAGUACCUUAUCAGCCUGCAUCUAAACGACUCGAAGGCCUCCCUUGGCGCUAACCUUGAUAGGCACGAACUUUUGGGCGAGGGAUUUCUAGGCUUAGAGCUUUUCAAGAUCAUAGCAAAAACUGAAUCCCUUCAAGGUAUUCCUAUAAUCCUGGAGACACCACAGAAGGAAGACGAGGGGUACGGUGAGGAAAUUAAACUGCUAGAGUGGCUAGAAACCUUAGGAGAUAGUGAAGAAGAUAACAAGGCCUACUCGCAAAAGUCCGAGAAUCUCUCAAAGAGGGGGUUAAAGUCCAGGCAAGAGUUCACCGCCAAAGUAGAAAAGAAAAAGGCCAAGAUGGAUAAAUCUACUAAAAAACGUUCCUUGCCAGGUUCUGACAUUAUGUCUCAGAUGAAACGUAGCAAGCGGUCCAAGAAUUGA